AUGGAAAUAGUCACGAUUCAGGAGGUGAGCGAAGAGUCUGCCCUCGAUCACAUCUCACGAUUUUUGCAAGAUGAGAACAUGAUGGCCCUUGUCAAUCCGGACGUGACGGCCCAGCUCCAGCGAGUGCAAGAGGCCAUGAAGAAGCGAGGCGUGAUGCUGCGACCGGAGGACCUCGACGAAGACGACGGCAGCACCACCCUUCCGGAGGCCGCCCCCACCACACCCAAGAAACAGACGACACAAAAGGCAGACGCCACCCCGGAGAAGAAGGCGAAGAGCAGCAAGAAGGAAAAACGAAAGUCGGGCAGCAAGAGAAAGCUCAUGGAGGAGGAGGAUUGA